AUGUUUGCUGCCUGGUCAUCAUUAAUCACUGAAAAUUUUGUUAUAACAAUUGAUGAUAACGAUUAUGAAUAUUUGGAUAAUGAUUUUGAUGAGAAACAAAAACCGGCUGAUAUCUUCUGGGGUGAUAUUUUGGAUGAUGAAGAAACAAAAGAGCAAAAUGAUUCAACCGGUAAAAAGAGUGCUGCUAUAGAACGGCGAAAAUGUAGCACGGAAACGGUUAUCAUGGAUAAAUUACUCAAUGGUACUGAUUAUAGCAAAUAUCGUCUUCCAU